CUUGUCAUUCAGAUUCCUUUUACUGGACUGAUAUGGAAAACUAUCAAUCUUUGUGUCCUAGCAUCGACUGUGCUGGGAUUCUGAAGCUGAGGAACUCGGACAUCGAGCUGAGGAAAGGAGAAACGGACGUUGGGAGGAAGAACACUCGAGUCCGGAUGGUGUUUCGGGUUCACCUCCCUCUGACUCCUGUAGCUCAGCCCGGCCGAGUCCUGGCUCUGCAGGUGGCCUCCCUCGCCAUCGAAUGCUCCCAGCGCUCGGCUCAGGAGCUUCCCGUCAUCGAGUCCAUCAGCCUGACCUCCUGCUGCGUGGAGGGGGGAGAGGAGCUCCUGCUGAGCGGGUCCAACUUCCUGCCCAUCUCCAGAGUGCUUUUCAUGGAGAGAGGGACAGAUGGUAAACUACAGUGGGAGGAGGAGGCUCAUGUGGAUCGUGACAACAGCAAUGAGUGUUUGAUGUGUGUGAGGGUCCCGGCCUACAGCGACAUGUCCGUCGGUCUUCCUGUGUCCGUCAGUCUUUACGUGUCCAACGGGAAGAGGAAGAGGAGCAGCACACACUGCUUCAAAUAUAUCCCCGUGUUGUUCAAAGAGGACGACCCCCUGCUGUCCCGGCCCUCCGUGCUGCCUCUGGACGGGGGGGUGCAGCCCAGGAUGGACUUCCACAUGCGAGGCGACCCCAUGGAGGAUGAUCGAGGCCUGGGCUUCCUCCACCUGCCUCCUUACCCCUCCACCUACUCCCCCCCCUGCCCCGCCAUGAGCUACCACGAGGAGUACUGCUCCAAACCUGACUCCGUGGAGGAAUCGCGGGCGGCGCUGAGCGAGCGGCAGCCCAGCUUCGAGAACCUGGAGCUGGGUUUCACCGAGCUCCUUCCCCCCUUAUACCCACGCGGCCCACAGCCUCCAUCCCCCUCCCCUUCCCCCUGGCUGGACUCACCCUACCUCUCAUCUUCACCUUCUCCCUCCCACUCCUCCUCUCUCAGCCCGUUUCCUGCCGGGAGUCCCAUCUCCACCUCCCCUCUGCCUCCCAUCCCCACCUCCCCGUACCCCCAGUACUCUGCGUACCCUCAGGAGGUCUGUCCCUCACCCCCCUCACACCCCAGCCUGUAUCAGGACAUGUGCCCGGCACCCUACUCCCACUACGAGGGCUGGGACCCCCAGGGGAGGAUGCUGGGGAUGGGGCACGGGGGAGAGAGGGACGCCAAGAUCCAGGACUGCCCUCUGGAGUUUACCAGCUCUUCUAUGCACCACAUCACUUUUGAAGAAGUGUCAGAGUUCAUCGGGGAGGACAUCCAGUCUUACCAGUCUUCAGGCUCACAGAUGGACAACCAGCCAAACUGAGCACAGAGCUCAUCAUCCCGUUUGAUAUCCAGCGUGAUUUUAAAUCCAUUAUGCAUUUGGUAUUAAGAUGCAUCGCUCCAGUUUCAUGUGAUAUUGGCAGGGGGAUUUUCUUACCAGGACACUGUUGUAAUUAUGACCACAGGUAACUGUUUUUAUGUGGUUUUAUAAAGGGAAACUAUUGUUUUUAACAUGUUUUCAAUAUAAAUUAUACAAGAACGUGCUUGAGUUUU